AUGAAGGGAGAUUCGGAACUUUUGAAUCCCGUUGAAACCGUCAUGGCAUGGGUCGGAGGGCUUCCAUCUAAUACAAACAACUUCAAUGUACUGCACACAGCCUUUGACUUGUUAAAUUCAUUGCCUCCACCACCGGGACUUGACCACUACACCGAGUCGAGCAAUCCUACUGCCGACAAUCCGGACCCAGACUGGAUACAUGAAGACACAGGCAUAUCUGCUUCGACUGCUGGAUUCAACACUUGGGUUGCUCGUAGCCCUGAUGGCUGCGUGCAGAGUACCACAUACCAGGACAGUGGCGCACAGAUGACCUGCACCGCCCAUAUUGAUAUUCCAGCCGGUGUAUACCCCUCGUCUGCUGAGUGGACGCUGGAGGUAGAUGCGCAAAAUGCCCCUGUCGGUUCUUCCUGGGCUUUAACUGCAUAUGGACCUUCAGUUCCUGGUAUUUCCAUUGGCUUCUCCCGGACAACCAUUACCGAUCAGGAGUCCGAGGAAUGCCACUUUACUGGCAUUCCAUCGAGUGGAUACUCAUUCUCCGUUGUUCUUCAAUGGUUCUCGGAGGGAAAGGCUCCUGGCACUGACAUGAGCUUCUCCAUCGUUUUAUCGACUACCUCCCCCCCUGAGGGAACCGUGAAUACCAAUAACAACAAAGUACACCUUGGCCGCCGCCGCUACAAGGAGAUUGGGUCCAACCAAUGGCCACAUGCGGAGAUGGACAAGGAUGACAACUUGAAGUCAAUCCCGCCUGAUAUCGUCUACUCCGUCGGCGGAGACCACUGGAACUUCAAGUUCUCCUAA